AUGGAAACAUUACCGACAGAGGUCAUCACUCAAAUACUAGAAUACUUGCCAUUUGAUGAUCGACGAGAACUGGCUAGGGUCAAUAAAUUGUUUUAUCAUGCUGCAUCUCACCCAGUAUUCUUAAGAAAAGAGUUUUUUAAUUAUGAUCCAUAUCGAGACAAUUUGAAUGACUUAAACGAUUUCAAAAAUAUGUUGUUGAAAUCAAGAAGAAAAUUGUUAUGCUUAAGCUUUGUUCAUUUAACUUAUAUACGCGAUUUAACCAUUUUCACAAACUUAGGGAAUCGCAUUAUAUCACUAUGUUUUAUUGAUUUGGAUUUGCUAAAUGAUUCAUUUCUAGAUGCUAUUACACAAUGCUGUAGUAAUCUCGAAAAAUUAGAACUUAUACAUGUGUCGCGUGUGGUUUUAACUGAUAACGGCCGUAAACCAAUACUCAAAUUGUGCAGUAUAACUUUAGAUACAGUUAGAAUAAAUGAUAGAAAGUUUAAUCUAAUUUUGAAACUUGCUCCAAAUUUAAAAGAUUUAAGUGUUCUUGAUUGUGGUUUAAUUGGUAAACGUGAAGUCAUUGCAAUGUUUUAUCCCCACGACAGUAACUAUAUUGAUUGUUCAUUUACCAAGUACAAUUCAAAUACUAUUUUUUCGGAGGAUAAUAUUGUACACCAUUUAAAUAAUUUUGUUCGCUUAAAUAGCCUUGAGUUAAAUGAUGGUAGUAGUAUAUUUCUUCAGAUUCAACCCAUACAACUUGAGAUUAAGUCAUUGUCGUUGAAUCUUGAUCGAUCAACCAACAAUGAUUUCAGCGACUAUGAAAAGUUAAAUUCAGUAUUAGGUCAAUAUGUAUUUUUAGAACGAUUGGAAAUACAUUUCUUACCUGUUCGUAUGUUAUCAAUUGUAUCUAAACUAUAUAAUCUUCGACAUUUGACAUUAACUUAUUCUGCUAAUGAUUCAGAUUACCUUGAUUCUUGUAAAUAUCUUAAAUCAUUCGUGGAAUCGUUAAAAAAUCUGAAAUAUAUCAGGACAUUAUCAUUUUAUAGAGCUUUUGAUUUGAUUAAUCAACUUGAACUUCCAGUAUAUCCGUUUCUGGAAUGCACACUGAAGUCUCUUACAUCAUUAGACUGUCCUCUGGAUUCAAAUCUAGGAGUACUAAAAUUUGGUAAAAAUUUAACAAAUUUACGAAUAAGAAAUGGUAGUAUUCUUAAAGUCGAAGAUUUACAACUAUUAUUCAGAAACUUAACUUAUUUAAAACAUUUGUGUAUUAACGAUUGUUCUGUAUUAAAUGAUGAAACUUUCAUUAAACUGCCAAUAUCUAAUCUGAAAGAAUUGAUUACUUUAAAUCUAUUACCAUCAAAUAUUUCACACAGAUGCUUGCGUCACAUUAAAAAUCCAAGAUUAAAAGUUUUGAGUCUCAUUGAAACUCAAUUAGAACCGUGUUCAAUAAGGCAGAAUUAA